CCGGGAAGCAGCCCGCCCCUGGUGCACCCGGGGAGAUUAGAUUGAGAGCGAGGGAGCGGUGGCGGGAGCCUAGGCUCGCAGCUCCGAGGAGGUAAGACGAGCAAGGACUGGUGAACCACACUCAGAGGAACACUGAGCUGAACACCCAGCAGAUACCCCAGGAGCCCUCAGUUCCAACCAGCUGGCUACCCUGUACCCUGACUGCUCACCAUGCAGCCUCAGUCUGUUCUCCACAGCGGCUACUUCCACCCACUGCUUCGGACCUGGCAGGCAGCCGCCACUACAUUCAGUGCCUCCAACCUCAUCUACCCCAUCUUUGUCACGCCCUGGGCUUGGCCAGGCAGGGGGACCAGACACUGGACCCUAUCCUCCUCCCAACAUCUCCACUUCCAUAUUCCUUCCCAGCUCCCCAACCAUCCCCCCUCGUCACCCCCUCACCACUGGCCCUUUCCACAGCUACCAAUCCAUAGCCCACCCCCACUCUUGCAGGGAUGUUCCUGAUGAUGUACAGCCUGUUGCCAGCCUUCCAGGAGUGGCCAGGUAUGGUGUGAACCGGCUAGAAGAGAUGCUGAGGCCCCUGGUGGAAGAGGGCCUGCGCUGCGUCCUGGUCUUUGGUGUCCCCAGUAGAGUUCCCAAGGAUGAGCGGGGCUCUGCAGCGGACGCUGAGGACUCCCCGACUGUCGAAGCAGUUCGUCUGUUGCGCAAGACCUUCCCCAGCCUGCUGGUGGCCUGCGACGUCUGCCUGUGCCCCUACACCUCCCAUGGUCACUGUGGGCUUCUGAGCGAGAAUGGGGCUUUCCAGGCCAAGGAGAGCCGCCAGCGGCUGGCAGAGGUGGCUCUGGCCUAUGCCAAGGCAGGAUGCCAGGUGGUAGCCCCGUCGGACAUGAUGGAUGGACGCGUGGAAGCCAUCAAGGAGACUCUGAUGGCACAUGGAUUUGGCAACAGGGUAUCGGUGAUGAGCUAUAGCGCCAAAUUUGCUUCCUGUUUCUAUGGGCCUUUCCGGGACGCGGCUCAGUCAAGCCCAGCUUUUGGAGACCGCCGCUGCUACCAGCUGCCGCCGGGAGCACGAGGCCUGGCGCUCCGAGCAGUGGACCGGGAUGUCCGGGAAGGAGCCGACAUGGUCAUGGUGAAGCCGGGAUUGCCCUACCUGGAUAUUGUGCGGGAGGUGAAGAACAAGCACCCAGAGCUCCCUCUGGCCGUGUACCACGUUUCUGGAGAGUUUGCUAUGCUGUGGCACGGAGCCCAGGCUGGAGCGUUUGAUCUCAAGGCCGCUGUACUGGAGGUCAUGACUGCCUUCCGCAGAGCUGGUGCCGACAUCAUCAUCACCUACUACACACCUCAGCUUUUGCAGUGGCUGAAGGCAUGAUGGAGAGAGUGUGCACGGCCCAAGAACUUUACAGAGGCCCCGGGGCCUUGGAGAAAUGAAAACCAAAGUAAAUGCUGCUUUUUGAACUGUGCCCUUGUGCCCUUUUCCUGCCAAAUCUUACCACUGUCAGCCACAUCUUCCUGGGCUCCGCCAAGCUUCUCCACCCUCCCCUGUGUCAGCCCUGAGGCCAACUCUGCCACUCUAGCUCCUUCCUUGGUGUUGCUUCCAUUUGAAAGCUCUCACGGGCACAGGUUUGUGGGGCCUGGGAGAGGAGUUUGGAGCAUUAGGCGAAGAGGAAGACAGUUGGAUCGUGGAUCCUCAGAAGCUGUGGAAAGCCCAAGGCCUCUGGCAGCAUGCCACAUCUGCUGGACAUCGGGCCUGGGGGCUAGACUGACAUUCCUGAGUUCAAAGUUGAGACUUGCUGCGAUUCCACAGGAAGGCGGUUCCCACACCAGCCAGCGGUUGCCAGGCUGCCUGCGAUCUGCUCUAUUCUGAGCCAUAAACCCCAGACAAGAAUUACUCAUUAACGAGCAGAAACAUUGCCAGGGGAUCAAAAUUCAGAAGCAAAGAGAAAGUUCCUGAUUGUUGGAGAUGCCACCCCAUCAAAAAGGCUUUUUAUUAAAGAGAUAUUUUUUGA